AGCAUGUAUCUUCUUCUUUUCUUGCGCGGUUAAAACCUACUCUUAUCGUAUUCAAUCAUGCUAUUCUCGAGCCCUGCUUCUACACUACUACUUCUUUCGCUUACUGCAGUCUAUCGAAUCAGUCCUACGGAUGCUGCUUGCGCCUCUUCAGAUCGUUUCCGCAUCCGUACUCCAACGUCUCUUCGAUUAUUAGGCUUCAACUACGACAAAGUACCCUUCUUUGGCGGCGAAUGCAAACAAACCUACGAUAAAUAUCUCAAAGUUCAAAGUACAGGUUAUGGUGUUCACUUCAAAUUAACUGACUGUGAUGAUGACGGCUUCUGUCACUUGUACAUUACCGAUGGCGAUUAUCAAGGUUAUUGUCUUGGUGGACAAGAAAGACCAGAAUCUCAAAGUUGCACAGGUUAUGAUAACAACAUUUACAAGAUAAAUAAUGAUUAUACUAUAUCUACUAUUGGUGGCAAAUAUUUGGGUAUCGGUAACGAGUAUAAGGACGAUUGUGCCGACUUUCAAUAUGUCAAAUUGGGCGACGAAAAGUUCCAUUGGAUUAUCGAUCAUGAUACUGGUUUGAGAGAAGAUAUUUUUGAUGACGUUCUCUUCAAUGAAGAUGUGGAUGAACAGGAAGAGGAAAAUAAUAGCAACUCGCAAAAGGUCAAGUAUGCUUAUCAAGCAAGCACUGGACAAAGAAUUCUUCACAAAAACAGGCAUUAAGUCCCUUUUUUCAUACAUAUAAACAAGAACAUAAAUUAUAAUGAACCAAAUAAAAAGUGAACUUUGUAUGACAAGUGUGUCUAUCUGAAGGUCGA